AUGGCUUGCCCUGAACAAAACACAACCAUCACAACCUCAACUGCACGCGACCAGUUCAUCAAGAAUAUCCGACGUGACCUGAUUUCCCAUUCAACAGGUUCAAAACACGAGUCUAAGAAGUCGUGUGGUUCACUCGUUGCUCAGGCCACUCGAUUCAACUCCUCUCUGGACCGCAUCACCGGGUCAACUUUAAUCAGCAAAGAUGAGAGAGAUUGGCUUUGGGAGGUGAGGGGUGAUCCUGAUUUGAUUGACCGUAGAUUGGGUGGGCACGCCAAACGACCGCGAGACAAAGCCUUCUGUGAAGAUCUUGAUGAUACUAUAGUUGCAAACAUAUCAGAACACGACUCCCAAACCACUGUUACUCCCCGUGUUGCCGCUGCCGAAGCCGACUCCUUUAAUCCCCUUGAGGCGCCUGCAACCACCAAAAUCAUCUUGAAUGCCAAACAAACAGCCAAGCGAAUUCGAACUUUGAGUUCACCCACCACCAUCAUGCUGUCUAGCCUUUCUGGUGAAUCCCUCCAAAGCGGACCAUCUGGAAAUACCCGUUCUAGAACAAAGAAGGUUCUCACCGGCCUGGACCAAGUGGCCGAGAUGACUGCUGCAAUGGAUGGCUUCUCAGUGUACAGCGGGCAUCACACCGAUAUUGAAUUGCCCAAUGGACUGAUUGACCAAGCGCCUGCCUCACAAAAGCCCAAGUCAGAAAUGGUCACUAACGUCUGGGCGGAGUCUGGGGGUUCAGCGGCCAACGUUGGGAUAUGGCUAGGUACGCUUAGAGACCACCCUAUAUUUCAUCUAUCUGUCCAAGCUGAUUCCUGA